CGCGUGUUCGUCUACACACAGGUGAUCACGGCGGUGCCGAUCGCGAUGUGGGCCAUGGAGCCGCUGUUGUCUGGCGGCCAGAACACACCGCUGCCCGCGUGGCUGCCGCUGGACAUCCACGCGACGCCUGCCUAUGAGCUGCUGUGCACCUUCCAGGCAGUCGCCGUCACCCUGUCCGUGGAGGCCAGCGUCUGCCUGGACAUGUUCUUCAUCGUCCUCAUGAUCGCCGUGGCCGCCGAGCUGCACAUACUCAACGACAACCUCGAGGCGGUGCGACUGCACCCCAUCGAUACAUUCCCUCUGAAGGCCGCUAACAACUCUGCAACGCGUUGGAAUGGAAAAGCAUCUCCUCUUGUGGAGAAGGGAAUACCGAGCACCCAGCAGUAUGGAUACCACCGAGAGAAUCACAAAAGCACGAGUGCACUUGACGCUACAGCCAAUGCUCACGAACUGAUGUACCACUCGCUGGUGAAGAACAUACAACACCACCAGCUUAUUUUGAAGAGUGUCAAAGAACUGGAGACUGCAAUGAGCUAUUCUAUUUUUGUUCUGCUGUUCUUAAACAUGGUGACCAUUUGCACACUCAUCAUAAGCACUACAGUGCUGUUGCAGAGUGACUCAGAUCCAACAUCACUCUACAAGAUGGUUUCCUCACUGCCUAUUGUUAUGUUCCAGACAGGACUCUUCUGCAUCUUUGGACAGAUGAUAAUUGACCAGAGUGAGCGUCUGCCAGCAACUGCAUUCAGCAGUGGUUGGCUAGAGGGCAACGUCCGCCUGCGGAGAGCACUGCUGCUGCUGAUGCGACGUGCAGCCACUCCACUCCGUAUCACUGUGGGCAGAAUGUACCCACUCUCCAGGCACACCUAUCUGCAGUUGCUGAAUGGGUCAUACACUAUCUUCAACAUGAUGUACCAAGUUCGAGGCAGAAGUGAUUAACAAUGGAUCAGUAAUACUGCAAAUAGCCAACCAAUAGAUAAUCACAAAGAAAUAAAAUCUUAGUUAAGAAAAGUUUUUGCUUGUAUCACAAUGAGAUAUACUAGUACACAAUAACUGUAUCAUAGAAAUUAAAUAAAAUGAAAAGCAGAUUAA